AUGUCUUAUGAUAGACCUUCCGAUGAGCGCGAGUAUGGUGGAGGAGGUCGAGGAAGGGACAAUUACUACAACGCCGGCAACAACUUCGACGACUCAGGUAAUCGACGUGGUGAAGGCCGAGUAGGCGGCUAUGGUGGAGGGGAUUAUGAUCGACGGGACGAUCGCGGGGAAGAAUAUGGUGCUCGGUCGGGAUAUGGAGGUCGAGAUGAUAACUAUGGAUCUGGCGGAGGUUAUGGCGGACAGGAAGAGAGAAGGCACGAGAGACGCGAAAAUCGGAGAGACGACCGAAGAGAUGAUGGCUAUGGUGGUGGAUAUGGUGCAGGUGGCGGUUACGGCCAGCAAGAGAGGAGGCACGAAUAUGGUGGAGGAGAUGACUAUGGACGUCCAAAUGAGUAUCGAAUGAGCGACGAGCGCAGGCACCAGGGGCCCGGUCAAUAUGGUGGAGGACAAGAUGAGGAUCGAUACUCAGGUAGUGCAGGCGGUGGCUCAUUUGGCUAUGGAGGUGGUGAUAAUUCCUCUGGUGGAUAUCCCUCCACGAACGAUGAGUUCGGACAAGCUGCCCAACAUGCCUCCAACCACAGACCAGGAGAUGCAGAUAUGUUCUCCUCUGCCAUGUCGUUCUUGAGCGGAAACCAACAACGGAUCCAGAACGAAGACUAUGACGAGGACCGCAUACAGCAGAGCCACCAACAGCUGUAUCAACAUGGAGGAAGUGGUCAGCAAUUUGACAGUCAAAGCUUGGGCGCUGGAGCUGCAAUGCAGGCACUGAAGACAUUUCAAGGAGGCAAUAAUGGCAAGCAGCAGGGCGGUGGUCAAGCUCAGAUGAUCUCGCUGGCAAUGCAGGAAGCUUCGAAACUGUUUGACCAACAGAGUGGACAGGGCAAAGUCGCAAGUGGCACUGAUAAGCAGUCAGUUAUAACAUCCGCAGCCAAGAUGGCUUUGCAGAUGUAUAUGAAAAAUCAGAUGGGAGGUGGUUCUACCAGUGGCGGAGGACCAUCAGGGCUCAUGUCUUUGGCCUCGAAGUUGCUUGGUUAG